UCCAAGCUUAGAUAUUUUGAGACGAAAUUUAAAGAGGCCGUAUACCACUUCAGAAAUAUUGGAUAAUCCGCAGUGAGAGAAAUAUCACACAAAGGCACUUGAAGCAGAUGUUAGAGGGAGAUUCAUUUUAACAAAUUGAGGAAUUUUAGUUUCUUUAAUAAUAAUUAAGUUAGUCAUAUCUCAAAGUCGUAGAAUAGCACUAGCUAUUGGAGGUGAGGACGCGCUUAAAACAAAACCCUUUCGGACUGCGGCUGGCGCCUACUUUUUUUAAAUGAUAAUGACCCAGCGAUGAAAGUGCUAUUUCGUGUGCAUAUACAUACCAAAUAAAUACAGAAAACUGCAAUGUGGAUCUUUUGUGGUGAUCGGAAAUGGAAUCACACGGCAAGUGGCGUCGUCCACUUUGAUUAACCAACUUAAACAUGGAUAUUUUCAAUUUUACCAGUAUUACCGAGCAUGCAAAAUAAAAUACGCUUAUCUAGCAAGGCAUUAACUACAAACAGUAACUCGAAGUAUACCAAAAAAAAGAAUGGCUAUCGAAGACAAAGCUAUGGAAAAGCGCAUAACGUUUGCAGGAAGUACCAAUGGACAUGGCGACAUUCAUGCAAACGGAAAUGGCCCGAAAUUUAGAUCAAGACUGAACUCGAAGGUUGUUGUCGUAGACAGGAAGAAAUACGUGGAGCCACCUGAUGGAGGAUGGGGUUGGGUAAUCGUACUUGCGGUUUGGAUUGACAACGUACUUGUACUAGGUAUGCUCAAAUCGAUGGGAGUGUUGUAUCCAGAAUUCAAAGCAGAAUUCAGCGAAUACGACAGUGCAACAGUCAGUUGGAUCAAUUCAAUUUCUUUGUCAAUGAGAGCGACCGCAGCUCCACUGUCCGCUGCAUUGAGUAAUCGAUUCGAGGAAAGAAGAGUUGUGGCCGUAGGAGCAGUAUUUGUUGUUAUUGGAUUGAUCAUCAGUCAGUUUGCUCAAUCACCGUACUUUUUAUACGCGUCAUUGGGAUGUGUAACAGGUUUUGGAUUUGCUCUGGCAUCCCUUCCGGCAUUGACGAUGAUUGGGAGAUAUUUCAAAGUCCGACGAUCUCUCGCUAAUGGUUUAUCUCGAUCUGGUGGAGGAGCAACAUUUUUUCUAGCACCACUUAUACAAUACCUUGUUGUGCAGUACGGUUGGCAGGGAUGCCUGCUAAUUAUAGGUGGAAUUGAACUACAUUUAUUUGUGUGCGCAUUAUUGUUGCGUCCACUCCGUUUAAAAGAGGAACUGAAAUUUGAUUCUGGAAGUACGAUGAGGAGACACAGCGUCCGAAAAAGUUCAAUGCUCCCAGAAAGCAAUGGCAACGACAAGAAUCAAAAUGAAAAUUGGUAUAGACGGAAACUGUCUGAAAAGGAUCGAGUUCGGGCAUUGCAGAAGGAAAUUGAACAAAAGGUCCAAAGUAGCGGAGUCACGGAAUCGUUGAUUGUAGAACAUUUCCCUCAUAUAGAGCCAGUUUAUCAGCCAGCAAAUAAGAAGACAUUAACAUUCGGACUAUUAAAAGAUCCACUGUGGCUCAUAUUAACUGCUAAUUUAGUAUUAACACAGUUUGGCUACUCUAUGACAUUGGUGCAUACCGUGGCUCGAGCUAAGAAAAUGGGAAUCGGAGAAUACGAAUCCGUCUUUCUCAUUUCGUACAUAGGAAUAACUGAAGUAACUGCGCAGUUAUCAUCAGGUUUCAUGGCGGACAGAAUAAACUUUCGAAAGAUCAAUUUACAUAAAGUGUACAUUGCUAUAAUGGCUGCUGCUACAAUCAUAAGUUUGUUCGUCAAGAGUUAUUUGGGAAUGACGAUAUACUGCAUCCUGUUUGGAUUAGGAUCAGGAAGUUGGCAAGGAAAUAUAUUGCCUGUUACAGUGGACACUCUUGGAGUAGCAAAUCUCCGAAGUGCUUACGGAUUUUGUUUGUUUUUCAGUGGCUGCUUGGGUCAAAUGUUAGGACCGCCUAUUGGAGGUGCCUUAUAUGAUUCGACUGGAAGUUAUCACUGGAGCUUUGUCGUUGCAUCAAUAUGUUUUAUAACAGCAUCAUCUCUUUUGUGGUUUGAAAUUCCUGCAUCAAAAUAUGUGAAGAAGAAAGCGGAAAACGAGUCCCGCAAAGACUUAGAAAAUGCAAACCAAGAUGAAAUCGACCAUUUGUAUAAGGAGAUGGAGGAUGUUACUGACUCUAGAAAUUUCGUCGCUUGAUGUCGCAAAAGGGCGACAAAAUGAAGAUUCGGGGACCUUCACACAGCGUACUUAGGCAUAUAAUUAAUGGCCGAUGUGAAUUUGAACAUAUAAAGUACAAAUCACAGUAUGUUUGAAAUAAAAUGGGCAAAUUGCUCAAAACUAGCCCAUACUUCAAACUUGAGAGAAUACUUUGUUUAGACUUUAGAUGAUAAAUAUUGGGAGUCACACAUUGUUAUAUAAACUUAUGUUACAACAUGAAUUAAUUGGGACAAUUUGUUUUUUUUACUUUUUCGGACUAAGUGUUUCACCUUUGCUGCUACUGAAUAUAACCUAUGAAAGAGGGGCAAUAAAAAAUUAAGAUAGACUACCUGAUAUAGUAAAUAAAUUGGAAUAAAGUAUUGUCGAACUGUAAAAAAUAAAACAAACAGAGAACUAUUAAAAAGGUGCUUGGUCAACGACAGGGUUAAUAGGUGUCUUUCCAUUAGUGGAAAUUAAAUUUACUUUAAUUUUUCGAAAAAUUCGGCUUUUUUGCAAUACCCUUUCUGUGUUCUGUAGUUUUGUAUUUUUAUUUGGUAAUAUCUUUUUUCUUAUUGUCAAUUAACCCUCCGAAUGUAGUAAAUAACUACAAUUCGCAUUUUAAACUUGGUGAUUUUCGAAUAAAAUGAAGACCGUUUGAUUAACGGUUUUCAAAAUCUUAACUAAA